AAGAGAAAUUCUUGUUCCAUGGUUGAUAGUGAUUCGAUAGCGACAAACAGUAUUAAAUAUUAAGUAAGUAAAAGCAAAGUUUUCAUUAAGCUUUAAUCUUUAUCGUUGAAAAAUUAGAAUAUGGGAGAACGAUACAACAUUCAUAGUCAGUUGGAGCAUUUGCAAUCAAAGUAUAUUGGCACAGGGCAUGCUGACACAACCAAGUUUGAAUGGCUUGUAAAUCAGCAUCGUGAUUCUUGCAGUUCUUACAUGGGACAUUAUGAUCUGUUAAAUUUCUUCGCUAUCGCAGAAAACGAAGCAAAAGCCCGUGUUCGAUUCAAUCUUAUGGAAAAAAUGCUACAGCCUUGCGGCCCGCCUCCAGAGAAACCAGAAGAUUAAUCAGUUCGAUAGAACGCAUGUUACAUACAUAUUGUAAAAUCUAUACGCGCGGUUGAAAAUUAUUUUAUUAUGAACUAGUAAAGUUUCUUUUUUUCUUCAUCGUAGAAAA